UGCAGUCAGAUCAAACUGUGUAGUCUCUCAAGAGGAUCUUACGUCAUCGACCCUGAUGGAAAUGGUGGAGUGAAACCUUUUAAAGUCUACUGUGACAUGACUGACAAGAACGGUGUUGGAGUGACAGUUGUCAGUCAUGACAGUGAAAGCAGAACACUGGUGAAAGGGUACAGUGACCCAGGCGCCUAUUCUCGCAACAUCACGUACACAGAGGCUGAUAUGGCUUAGCUGGCAAACCUAACAGCUUCAUCAGGUAACUGUGAGCAGUUUAUAAAGUACGAGUGCUAUCACUCAAAGCUCCUCUUCAAUGGUAACCCUCCUUUCGGCUGGUGGGUGUCACGUGAUGGAGAAAACAUGAAGUACUGGGGAGGAGUUGAUUCCGUUGACUACAAAUGCGCGUGCGGCUUGACUAAUACAUGUGCAGACACUACAGACGGAUGCAACUGCGACAUAAAUGACAACACAUGGCGAGAGGACAACGGUUUCCUUACAAACAAGUCAAAGCUUCCCGUGAAGCAACUGAGGUUUGGGGAUACCGCUUAUUCCAGUAACAGUGGAUACCACACCCUUGGAAAGCUCAAGUGUUUUGGACUCAUUUAA